CAUGGCUUUGCAGACGCUCCAGGCACCGAAAGGGCCCAAUAUUGACUUGUCGCAGAAAUAUAUACACUCGCGACCAAUCCCCCUUGCGGAAACCCGAGGUCGACGUUUCGAAUUCUCGCUGGAAAAUACAAACUUGCCGCCCGCAAUGGCUACCACCACGUUAGUCGAGGAAGUACCCGAAAGUGACAAGCCGAAACGAACACGCAAAACCCACAACAAGGUCCGGACAGGAUGCUUAACAUGCAAGAUCCGCCGGAAGAAGUGCGACGAGGAAAAGCCCUUUUGCCGUAGAUGUACCUCAACAGGUCGUAAAUGCGACGGUUAUGCCCAAGAGCCAUCUCCGCCCACCUCCCACGAAGACUCUCCCACGAGUAUAUGCGAACCGGGUCCGAAGCGCCAGAGGACGAGCACGAAUACUAAAGUAGCCAUUCCAUCUCUGUCCAAACCCAGGAAACAACUGGUUGUAGUGGACGAAGGACUGUCUCUAUUAUAUCGGCCUCCUUCGAACGUCUUGUUCGAAAAGGACAAUGACUUCUACUGUUUUGAUUUUUUCCGAUCGAGAACAGGCCCCGAAUUCGCCGCUUAUUUCGACAGCUCGAUAUGGCGAACAUAUGUCACCAAAGCCGCCCUCCAACAUCCGACCGUCCUAGCAGCUGCCGCAGCGGUCGGUGCUGUCCAUCGUAGGUUCGAAUUAGGAAUUUCCAAAGAAGCCUUCGAGUACUGCGACUUAUCGGACAAACUAUACCAAAAGGCACUACGGAUGUUGUCCAACGACAUGGCCUCCGAGGUGCCGAAUGCGGCCGAGAUCAACAUGGUGGCAAUGAAACUAUUCAGCCUCUUCGAGACGUUCCAAGGGAACUACGACGCGGCGCAGCUACACAUGACCAAUGGCCUCAAGGGACUUUUGAGACGGAACAUGCGCACGACGUACAAAGACACGCAGUACCGCACAGUCGACCUGAACUACGAGAGCCUGCGGCGACUCUUUCUCAAACUCGAACUAGAGUCCGUCCGGCUGUUCGGCGGCCUCGCGACGAUCCUCAGCGAACCUGAAGACGCCAUACCCGCGCCAUCCCUCAACCCGUUUGACGCGGAAUCAGUCUCGUACCUGCCGGACCCGAACCCCUAUACGAUCCCCCGGGCGUUCACCUCCCUCUCCCAGGCGCGCGACGUGCUCUUCACCGAGACGAAAUGGAUCUGGCACACCUGGAUGCUCCUCGAACAGGGGGACCUGAUCGGGUCCGGAUUCUCCCGCCACCACGCGCACAUCUCGCGCCUGCUCCAGUGGUCCAUGGCGUACGCGGAAUUCUCCAAGACGGAACGCGACCGCCGGGAAUCCAGCUCGCAGGAGAAGCACUGCGGCCACCUCCUGAAGGCGUACCGCGAGGCGUCGUACCUUUUGCUCCUCACCCAGAUGGCCUUCCACUCCCCCGAGACCGGCGAGGUGAUUGUGCCGCUCUGCGACCCUCCCGAGACGUGCGACUGCCACAAGUCCUGCCGGACGUACGCCGAACGCAAGGAGGCGCUCAGCGCGCACUUUGCCCGCAUCCUCGUCCUGUGCGAGAGCAUCUUCAACCGCUCCUCCUUCUUCGCCUAUGAGGAGCACAGCAUCAGCGUCGACUCGGGCAUCGGCCCGCCGCUCUACCUCGGCAGCACGCGCUGCCGCUCGACAAAAGUCCGCCACCAGGUCACGAGCCUGCUGGAGGAGAGCGAGAUCCAGCGCCGCGUCUGGGACACCCUGGGCGUCUACACCAUCGCCGAGAAGAUGAGCAGCAUCGAGGAACACGCCGUCGUCGGCUGCGGCGCCGUCGCCGCCGAACUCGAGCCCAAGUGGGUCGACAUGACCUUCUUUCUGGACGAGAGGCGCGCCUUGCUGAGGUAUUGCACCCCCGACAGAGAAGGGCAGGGCGGGAAGUUCAGAGGCACCGGCUUGGUCACGGAUCGGUUCACGGGGAGCGGGAGUGGAGCCUUGGUCUGGACUCAGGAGUGGAUUUCUUUUUGAGCUACUUACCUGUGUAAUUAUCAGCAAAUAUAUGGAACAGCAAUGAACAGGAAAAGGGGGACCGGAACAGGAACAGGAACAGGAACAGGAACAUGAAGAGGGACGAGGGUUCACUGUAUGUAUCAAAUAGCAUUGACGAGCU